AUGGUUGCAGCUCAUUCAGCCCGGGAUAAACCCCCGAGGCUACGCAAAGGUGGCACCGAAACCACAAAGUCACAUCGUUUUGAACCUUUCUCUCAACGAAUCGCAAAGUUGAAGAUAGACCCUGUCCACCGAGUACGACGGAACAGUUUUAGCGAAGAAAAUGGCGACGAACUACAUUCGCAUUUUAGGACUUCACUUGAGCACUGGAUGGAGCUCAAUCUGUCUGAAGUUUUCACAGAAUUCUCCCAGCGCGUUGGACGCCUUUGCGAAAGCUUGCCGCAAGUGCUAUACCACCAGGAUGCGAUUAUGAACUUGUUGGUUGAAUAUAUAGGGAGGAAAGAGGAGCUUGGUAUGGAACCUCUGCUCAGCUUACUGGCGCAGUUUGCAAGGGACUUGGGCUCGAAAUUUGAGAAACACUUUGGGACUGCUGUCCAGUUGGUCGCUUCUGUGGCUGCUACCCACUCAAGUGUUGAAGUUAUAGAAUGGAGUUUUACUUGUUUGGCGUGGAUUUUCAAAUUUCUCUCGCGCUUGCUUGUACCAGACUUACGGCAGCUGUUGAGAAUUAUGUCCCCGUACCUUGGAAAGCAGCCACAAAAACAUUUCGUUGCUAGAUUCGCCGCCGAGUCCGUGUCAUUUCUUAUUCGAAAAGCCGCCACAAUAUACUAUAAGAACAAAAUACCCCUUGAGCGUGCUGUCGCUUUUAUUUUCGAAGAUUUGAGCACGACUGACAGUAAACGUCAGACAGGAAUGUAUCAGCAAGGGCUAAUGAAUAUGUUUGCGGAUGCGAUCAAAGGAGUCAAAGGGGGGAUCCACUCAUGCGGUGCCGACAUUCUCCAGUGUUUAAUUGACGCUACAUCUCUAAAUGACGGCCUCCAGUGUAUUUUGGCUGAAGCUGUUCUCAGUGGCGUUUUAGUCAAUCUUGUUCACCACAGUACUGCCGAUACCUUUUCACCAGUCCUCGAUGUUGUGUGCCGUUGCAUAGAAGCUUCCUCGAUAUCUGUGGGCUCUAUAUCUCGCUUCAGGACUAACACACGCUUGAUAUUUCUUUGCGUUGUGACAAGAAAAGGCUCUCGAGUGCAGGACUGGAAGCGCGUUCAUAGCGUCUUGCUGAUGUUGCUGAAACAGACUGAGAACUUGGAUUAUUCCGCUUUAUCGAUUGAGCAACUGCUUGGGGCUACGGCCGUAGCGAUACAGACAUCCCCGAUGGACGAGCUGCUGCCUUAUAUGCGGCAGACUAUGGAGACCAUGAUCAGUAGCCAGAUUUCACAAUAUUUUCUACCUUUCUGCUUAUUUUUUUCUACACUCGGCUCUGAGCGGUUUCACAGUGUAGUUUUGCUUUACUUCCAGCGAUUUAUUCUCUCCUUUUGGCAGGAUUACGAAGCGGGACUUUGCCUUACGUUACCCCGUAUAUAUGGGUUGAAUUGCAUAAAUUCUCAGCCUAAUCGGCUCGGAUAUGUGACUUGCCCCACUGGGUGGAAGGACGUUAUUGUACGCCGAUUCUCCAUCGGAGAGCCGACGAAUACGGAUGUUUUAUACUUGAAUGCCUAUACAACAUUGCAGGAUGCAAUAUCUCUAUCUUGCUCCCCAUCUAUUACUCCGCAGGUACUCCAGAACCUACAUCGUUUGGUGACUUCUGCUGCAAGCCCGCAAACGGUCCAAGAAGCCGAUUUAGAUUUGUUUGCUUGUGGCUCUGGAUUUCUUGCGUAUGUUAAACUUGCGACACAGGCCAACGAUCUUGACGCCAACGCGUGGGACAUAAUUGCUUUAAGAGGCCCUGAAUUCGCCCAUGUCCCCGUGUUUUUGGAAGCGACCCUAGCAUACACGACUGCGUCUGAUAAGCCACCCACAUUUUCGGAGGAGGGCAUUGAACCUUUUGCUAGUUCUCUACUUUCAGUCCUUGUGGGCCCGUCGCAUGAGUUGAGACUGUUAUCUUUAAAAAUAAUCCAUGCCCUUCUUUGUUGGCUCAAUAUUGAAACUGACCUCGUCUUAUUGGCCAUUGAGAUUGAGAAUAGUGACUUAACUUUACAGACAGCAAGAGAACUUUCCCUACAAGUGCGCCGUCUUGCUGGUGCUUAUAAAGAAACCUCAAAAAUCAAGUGGCUGGAUCGUCUAAUACCCAGCUUUUGUUUUGGUUUACUUUCAAAGAAGUUAGCGUCUCUUUGGGAUGACGCUUGUGAAGCAAUCAAAUUGAUAUGCAGCACGCCGACCGGAGAACGGCUAGUCACCGAACUUGCGAUGAGCUGGCUUCUCCCAGAUUCUACUGACCUGAGCUGCAAUGAAGAUAGUCACAUUGAUGCUGCUACAGAUGAACAUAAUUUGACAUCAGAAUUUGAAUGUUUUAAUGUACUCAACGUUGAAAAAUCUCUUUCGUCUUCCUUUAAUACUGCGAGAAAUUCCGAGUCGUUGCUAAAGAAUAACUUCAAGGAAACCCACUCUUCCAGGGCGCGACGCCCCGCUUAUGCACGAUCACAAGCCUUACGAGUGUUGACUGCCGUUCCACAUGUUGCAGAGAAGAAAUCCCGGCAGCUGGUCCCCCUUUUCUUGGCUUGGGCUUCAAAAGACGAUGACUCCCACUUCGAGCCUUCAAAUAUGAAGGCGGAGUCUAGGGAUCGCUGGGAUUUGCGUGAUAAAAAGGCGAUGCUCGCAUUAUUUGGCAAUUUUACGAACCCAAGGGUAUUGUAUAAAUCAUCCGAUGUGCACGAUACACUUGCGAAUCUCUUAUCCAAUGGCGACCCCGAGAUUCAAAAGCUUGCUAUGAAGGCAAUAUUUACCUGGAAAUUCCCAGCCGUCCAGCCAUACGAGCAAAAUCUACUAAACCUCCUUGAUGACGCGCGAUUUAGAGAUGAGCUGGCAGUAUUUGUACAUGUUAAUACUGAAGACAGCAUCAUUGAAAGUGAACAUCGUGAAGAUUUGUUCUUCUAUCUCCUGCGAUUAUUAUACGGUAAAAUGGUCACGCGCUCCGGCCUUAGGGGCUCUCAAGGUGGUGGCCAAGAGGGUCGAAGAAAGGCGAUCCUCAGGACCGUUUCCCAGCUAUUGGAGAACGAUUUUGGGCGCUUUGUAGGUCUGGCUUUCGGUCCACUGGAACAUGUUAGUGUUCUGGCCGAUUUACCUGAACCUGAAGAUGCUUUCUCCCAAGAAAUUAUAGGAUUGAAAAGGCAACUUGGUCUUUUAAAAAUGAUUGAGACAAUGUACUCAACUCUCAAAAGCAAAAUGCGCCCAUUUGUUGAUCGUACCAUGAACAUCAUUUUAUAUUGUCUGGUCCGCUCUUGUCGCCAACUGCAUAAACUCCAACAGCAAGGAAAUUUGGAUCCAAAUCAAAACAACCAGAUAUCUCUGAUACGUAAUAUUCGGCAGCUAGGCACUAAGUGCCUCGAUUUAGUCUUUUCAAUAUCUGCGGAUGUCGACUGGACACCAUAUUUGCCAAUUAUGCUCGCAGAAACUAUUCAACCAAGACUGUCUAAUUUUGCCGUGGAAACUGCUCAAAGCGUAUCUGGCUUGCUCCAAUUAUUCGGUACUUGGGCAUCUCAUACUAUGUCAGCGUUGUACCUUGCCAACAGUGACAUUGUUCCCAGUAUUGUUGAUAUCUUAGGAAUAGCUUCUGCUCGAGAUGAAGUAAAGCUCUUCGUAUUUGAGGUAGUGCUGAAUGGGCUCGUGAAUGCCGCUACAUCUACAGAAAGCACUCCAGACGGAGGUACGAAGAUUCAGCCUGAGCAUUUAACGGACCUAAUUCGGUCUCGUAUUUUUAUCCCCAAUGUUGAGCAUAUGUUAUCUCGGAUCGAUUCUCUACUCCGGACACAAUCUUCUCGUCGCCUUACAAUGGCUGCAGUAGAUACUCUCUCAAAACUAGCACAGUUCGUACAAUCUUCUGCUGAAGUAUCGAAAUUAAUCGGCACUUCCAUUUACCUUUUGCGACAACCUCCAGACAGGGUUCCUCCGAAGACGAAGGGCGGUAUACUGCGAGUUCUACAGCAUUUUCUUUCAAUGUUUGACCCCCAAGGAAAUGAAGAUUUAAAUCAACAGAUAUUUGAAACCCUUUCAUCUAUGUUCGAUUAUUUUAAAGACAACCCCAAUCGAGAAGUUCUCUCGUCCGUCUUUGUCUUAUUUUCGACGUUGAACACAAAUUUAUCUGAUGUAUCUCGACUUAUUACAGACUUAAAUGCCCUCUCGUGUAAAAAGUUAGACGAGGUCGAUUUCGAGCGACGUCUCAGCGCCUUUCAUUGCAUAAACGAGGAGAAAUAUCUCUCUUUCUCUUCCAGAGAGUGGCGUCCGUUGCUGUAUAAUUUAAUUUACCACAUAAAGGAUGAAGAGGAGCUCGCAAUUCGCACGAGUGCUUCCCUUGGCCUUCGGCGCUUCGUCCACAGUGCGAUAUUGAAAAUGGAAACUGAGGACACAGGAGAAUUUUCCGAGCUGCUUGAUACGGUUCUUCUUCCAUCUUUAAAGGAUGGUAUGAAACAGCGUGCCGAGACUGUUCGUGCUGAAAUAAUAGCGGUGUUUGGCUAUCUUAUUGAGCAGUACCCAAAUCACCCCGGUCUCUGUGAUCUUGUUGGUUUGCUUGCCAAUGGAGACGAGGAAGCCUCCUUUUUUAACAACAUUCUUCAUAUCCAACAGCAUCGUCGUCAACGCGCCCUUCGCCGUCUGGGAGCCGAAGUCGCUAGCGGCAAGGUAUCGGCGACCAAUAUAAGUGCCAUUUUCUUUCCUUUGAUUGAACAUUAUGUCUUCAACCAAGCGGAAGACGAGAAUGCACAUAACCUGGCUGCAGAAGCGAUUUCUACCAUCGGUAUACUUGGUGGUGGUUUAGAGUGGAGCCAAUUCAGGGCAAUUUUCCGUAGGUUUAAAGGCUACUUACACAGUAAACCUGGAAUGGAGAAAAGCAUCAUUCGUCUUCUUGGGCAAUUUACCGACACUCUUAAUCGUGCUUGUGAUUCCAGUUCAACCCAGGAGAUGUCUUUGGACUGCUCAGAUGUCCUGAGGAGCAGACUUAGCCGGUCAUUGCCAACCCGUGCCCAAAUAGAAUCGGAACUGAGGACGCAUUUCAUUUCUUUCUUAUCAACAUUUAUUCAUCAUAAGGAAGAAUCGGAAGUUAGCCUACGCUUGCCAGCGGCGGUUACAGCCGUGAAACUUCUUAAAUUGAUAUCAGACGAAGAAAGGGCCCUUUUACUCCCCCCCAUACUUUUAGAUAUUUCAAAUAUCCUCAAAAGUAAAUCUCAAGACUCCCGGGAUGUCGCUAGGAAAACAUUAGCUGAUAUUGCGCUUAUCCUUGGCCCAUCCUAUUUUGGGUACAUACUGAAGGAGUUACGCUCUACUUUAACAAAAGGAUAUCAACUCCAUGUUCUGUCCUUUACAGUUCAUUCAAUUUUACUUGCAACUACUGAGGAAUUCAAACCUGGUGCCUUAGACCAAGAUCUUCCGACACUUGCCUCCGUUAUAUUAGAUGAUAUUUUUGGAACUGUCGGCCAGGAAAAAGAAGCCGAAGAAUACGUUAGCAAAAUGAAAGAAGUUAAAGCUCGUAAAAGCUACGAUUCAAUAGAGCUCCUUGCGAAAAAUGCAUCUGUCGGCCAUGUUUACAGCCUUAUCCAGCCGAUACAAAGAUUAUUGGAAGAGAAGCUUACCUCUAACAUAGUUAAAAAGGUUGAUGAUCUUCUCAGACGAAUCGGAGCCGGGCUGCUAAGAAACCCUGGGGUCGAAUGCCGCGACUUUUUGGUAUUUUGCUACCAGGUGGUGAAGGAAUCGUAUAGAGUGGCGGACGCUCCACAAGCCGACACUAAACAGCCAAAGGAUCGUUUUAUAGUUAAAAUGAUUGCUUUCAAUAAGAGUGGCACAGGAAGAAGCACCUCAUCCUACUUGUACAAGCUUGCUCGAUUCAGCUUUGACGUCCUUCGAUCAGUUCUCAAUAAGUAUAGUACUCUAUGUACAGCGGAAAAUAUGGGCGGAUUCCUCCCUUUGAUUGGUGAUUCCUUGGUUCAAGGCUAUGAAGAGGUCAAAAUCUCCGCAAUCAGACUAUUAUCCACGAUUAUCAAGUUACCCCUGGAAGAAAUAGAUCGAAAUUCCGAUGUGUACCUUGUUGAGGCUCUGAAGCUGGUGAAGGAGGCGCCAAACACCAACACUGAAGGUGCACAGGCUGCGAUUAAACUGAUCGCGUCAAUUUUACGUGAACGCCAAAUGGUCAAAUUAAAAGACUCUUAUCUUGCGUACCUAAUAAAACGUGUUUCCUCAGACAUUGAAGAACCGGAUCGGCAGGGAGUUACAUUUAACUUCAUUCGAGCAGUCAUGGCACGGAAACUGGUUGUUCCUGAAAUGUACGAGCUUGUUGAUAAGGUCGCCGUUAUGAUGGUUACAAACCAGACUCGAAGUGCCCGAGACCUGGCAAGAGGUGUAUAUGUUCACUUUUUAAUUGAAUAUCCACAAACGAAAAAUAGAUGGGCGAAACAAUUGGGAUAUUUAGCUAAAAACCUGGAUUACCGUCAUAAAGAAGGUCGUCAAUCCGUCAUGGAGGCCGUGCACCUUCUUCUGUCCAAAACAGCCGGAGAACUCGCUCAGACGAUUGUUGGUACUUUUUUCAUUCCAAUUGUUAUGGUCAUGGCAAAUGAUGAAUCCUUCGAGUGUCGAGAGAUGGCUGGUAUUCUUCUAAAAGAUAUAUAUCGUCGUUCUGAGUCUGAACAACUGCAGUCUUUUACCUCCACCCUUCGAAUGUGGUUGGAACAGCCCGAGAACCUACCUCUUACUUCGAUUGGAUUACAGGCAAUGAGGAUAUUCUUCGAGGCAGAUUUGGCAGAAAAAGAAUCUGAAGUUCAAUUCGUGGUACAUCUACUUCCACAGCUGAUGGAUACGCCGCUUGAAAACCGGAAUAGUGAAGAAUGGGAAACGCUGUACUUCUCUUUACAGCUUUUUAUCAAGCUCGCCAAACUUUUCCCAUCUAUAACAUUCUCCCCCGCGUGUGAACUGAUUUGGUCUAAAACUCGACAAAGCUUAUUUUUUCCUCAUUCUUGGAUCAAAUCUUGUGCGGCAAAUCUGGUAGGGAUGUGGCUGGCUGAUUUAGCAAAGGCCAAUAUAACCAAUGGAUACGGAUCUCUACCAUUGAUUGGAUUGUCAGGUAUGGCUUUAGAUGAUACUUCUAUGCUGGAUAUUACUCGGGGAAGCAUAUUUUGCCUCCAAUCGCCAGCCGUCACCGAAGAACUGGCCACACAAUCCGUACGAAAUUUGGUAUUUCUUGGACGAUGUUUUGCCCAAAACAAUUUCGUCCUCCCUACAUUGGGCAGUUGGGGACCAACAAACAUGAAUAAUGGCGAGGGCGACUCUGCAAGCGAAACCGAUGAUGAGACAACGGUUCACAGAGGCGAGAAGAAGGCGAUACAGUAUCUCUUUGAGAGGACCACAAGGGUCCUACGACGAGAACCCCUGUCCACGAAGGCGGACGGCUUAGUUGCCAAGGGCGCUUGCAUGAAGCUUUUAGCAGCACUUUGCACCCAUUUGGAAGUGUCACAAAUAUUGCCCUCUCUGCAAAAGAUUCUUCUACCCCUGCUUCAUUUGACUGACCCUUCCAUCCCUGAAUCUUCGGAUGAGAAAUUCCAGAUCACUCAUAAGUCAUUGGUAACAAGCAGUCAAGAAAUCCUAGACCUAUUACAAAAGAAACUAGGGACCACAGUGUUCGUCACAGAACUUUCCCGGGCACAAGAGGGUGUCAAAUCAAGAAGAGAUGAAAGAAGGGUGAAGAGAAGGAUCGAUGCUGUUGCUGAUCCAGAAAAGUUCGGCCGAGAGAAGAAGAGAAGGAAUGAGCGAAAGAAGGAUAAAAGAAAGGACAAGGGCCUUAGUUUUAGAGACCAAAGACGUGGCUGGUAG